UCAUGCUGCUGCCAGGUCCAGAGUGUGUCAUGGGUCCCUGUACGGCCUCCCAUUGCUGCUGUCUCCAUCGCCACACUCUGCCAUGUGCCACUUUCAGGUCUCCUCACACUGCUGGUGGGUUCCAUUUUGUCAUAGGGUGCUGGUGCUGUAUGGCCUUCCAUUGCUGCUGCCUCCACCGCCACCCUGCGCCAUGUGCCUCUGUCGUCUGCUCACGCUGCUGACGGCUUCCGCUUUUUAACCGAGGCCUGUGUUUGGCUUCCGAAUACUGCUGCAUCCACCGCCACCCUGCGCCAUGUGUCUCUGUCGUCUGCUCACGCUGCUGACGGCUUCCGCUUUUUAAC